AUGAACAACAGCCACGCUUCCACCACCAAGAAGAAGAAUGACAGUACAAUAUUUUGUGGGGGUCAAAAAAGAAUAGGAGGUCGAGUUGGUCUUACCAUGAGUGGACUGGUCUGUUUCUUGCUACACACGCUCUUCCAACAUAAACAAGUGAUCUCUCUUUUCCAUCCACAUCAAAGCAAUCUUUUGGACACGGAAACCCUCGACCGACAGCUCCAGCAAGAAUCACUGGAAGAAAACACUGCCAAACGGCGGCAAGAACCAGACGGGAUGACACGGCACACAAAACAACAGGGGGGCAAUGUCACACAAAGUGCUGAGAAAACAGCAUUUUCAUUGGAGGACCGAUACCCCCGACCAGUAGACUCCAUGCAGCACGACAAAGAAAUGAAAGAAGAAGAACCCACGACAAGCAAACAACAAAAACCACAAUUGCCACUAUCAAUGGAUGCAGAACCAACCAACAACAUACUACCAGAGCCACAAUCUGCAAUACUACCCAAAAAGAAAAGACCAUCCAAUAAGCACAAGCCGAUUCCGGAUCUCCAUGCCGACCUGCCCAUUUAUAAGACAACGUCUCCCUACGCGUACGUGUUGAUGUGUUGGUCGGUCAAUCCCCAACUGUCCCAAUCGUAUCGGGCAUAUCUGGCCAACAUGGCCAUUACGGCAAAAGUACUACGAACCCAUGGUUCCACGGCCGAUAUUGUGGCCGUGUUUCGGUUGGACAAUGCUACGGAAACGCUCCCUCGACAAGAUGAAGCCUUGCUGCAUGCCAUGAACAUUUCCAUUCGCUAUUUGCCACAAGAAACACCCAACUUUAAUCGAAGAAAGGGUACCAAGUUCCUGCACAAAUUUUACACCUUUGGCAUGACCGAAUAUCGACGAGUCUUGUUUUUGGAUGGGGAUAUACUCCCCAAGGCCAAUUUGGAUUACAUGUUUGAACUGUCCGAUGGAGGCCCCAAUGCCAUGUUCAAACCCAAUGUGAUACUCGCUGGUGUUGUGGAACCUUGUAAUACUGGAUUCUUUGUGGUGGAGCCCACAAAGGAUGCCUACAAUCAGGCACAGCACUUGAUUAGAUCCCACAUUCGAAAAACUACCAUGAAGAACUUUGAUAUGGAGGCGGGCUGGGGACAGCCAUUUGUGAAUGGGGACCACUGGGAAAACAAUAUGGAAACGGGUGUAAAGUGGGAUUUUCUAAAUGCAUGGUCGGAUCAAGGACUCCACUACCACAUGACAAAAUAUGUCAUGCAAAAUGUGACACAGAUCCUUUCUCGCAAAAUUAUCAAUUUUGGGCGUGCACCUAAUAAUGGAUCCACCAUUGAAGAAAAGGUAAUCACAGUGACAUCUCGAUGGGAUAGUCCGUUAAAGGAAUACUCCAAACCAUCCUAUAAAACGGGUCCAUCGCUCUGCAAGAAAUGGACUGGAAAUCAUCAUGCCACCGAAAAAUGGCCUGGAUGUGUUCCUCCAUAUUCCGACUUUGAUCACUACUCGGGGAAAACAAAAUUUUGGCACAAACCAGUACCAGAGGAUGUUUGGGAUGACAUGCCGAGGCAACCAAAAUCAAUGAUACAUUUGUGGUACCAGCUUUUGUACAAGCUUAAGAAAGAGGAUGGCUUGGACAUUCAACCUAUUCUUCAAGCCAUUAAUGCAGAAACGGAUUGGGACAAGGCACUGCUUAGUGGCCCUGUGGAAGCAAAAUAGUAUAAGCUAACUUGCAAUGGUUAUCUCCAAGUAAGUUACAAUUCCUGUGUCCACUAUAGUCAUACUUUUAGAUAGCAACUA